CUAAAAGCCUCGUGGACUUUGGCAGAGCCUCGUUUCAUCAGGGGGGCUCUGCGCGCAUCCGGGGCUGAGAGGACAACAGAGGAAGACCCGCACUCUCCCCUCUUUCUUCCUUUUCUUUCCUUUUCUUAGAAGUUGCGUUACAUGGAGUCUUCGUGGAAAUCUUUUACGGUCACAGCAGCGCUGAGGUCUGGAGGAAGAUCGAGUGCACCAUCAUAAUAAAGAAACCGCAGGAUGGGCAGUGAGUCCAUGCAGACCAUCACUGACCCAGUACUUCAGAGGAAGAUGCCAAUAUUCGAUGGGACCCUACCAUCCUCGGGACUGUCAAAACAACCAAAUAUGUCUGCUUUUUUGGGUAAGCAGGCACUGCAGUACAGUGGAGCAUACAUCGCAUAUGACCCCAGAGGAAAAGAUGGAGUAAGGUCCACGCCCCCUUGGAGCAACUCAAAGACAACUCUGCUCGAUGGCAGAAGCCCGUUGAAUCCCUUCUCUGGCAUGAUGGGACAGAACCACUUGAUUUACAGACAAGACGGCGCUUCUUCAGAAGAAAGCCAUCCUCAUUCUUCCCCCUUGCGACACACGCCGUCCAAGCCGGGCUUUAUGUUGUACACUAAAAGUCCUGAGAUCAGCAGUCCUGCAUCCGCUGUGUCAGUCGGAAUCCGAAAACAAAAAAGUGGAUGUGAGAGUUCACCUUCUCAUUCUGAAAACUCUGUUUACUUAGCCAUCCCAAAGCCAGUUUACAGACACGCCCCCUGCUGUAAUGAACUGGGGUGCGUGAUCGCACCAACGUACAGUGUGGAACACGGCGCUCCAAGGAUACCUAACACCGUAUACGAGCGCGAAUGGAUGCAAAGUGGCGCUCACUACACUGAAUUAUCCCCUAUGCAACGGAAAGCACAAAACACUCUGCUGCAGCAAAGAGGCUUACAGUUUGAGGCCAGUGAGGAGGCGCUGAAGAGGAUCACCGUGGAUGCAUACAGCCCAGGUAGAACGAGGACUCUGCCUGGUGUUGUUGAGCCAACCUACAGCGGUUACCCCUGCGCCCCGACUCGGUCACUGUUUCGUUCUUUAAGCGAGCACGGCCAGUCGUUACAGACUUCCCCCAGAGGCUACCCUGGCCUAAUCUCCUCCCAUCCUACAUAUGAGCGUAUGACCUCAGAGGUUUAUCAGGAACAUUCUCCCAUGUCCAAAUAUGGCCAGCUUGCACAGCACCCAGUGUUUUACUACCCUCAGGCAAAUGUGGGGGUAGAGAACAGGGCGCAGUGUAAAGAUAGUGGCAGUAAGAAAAGAGAAGAUGUCCCUGUUGUUCAUAAACACCCCACCUCACAUCCUCAGGAACAUUAUAUUGUGCCUCAGUCACUUAAUGCUGAAAUCCCUUUGCCUCGCACCGAAAUGUUGCCGACCCAUUCUUUUAUGCAGGGCUUUGAGUAUCCAUGUUACGCAGUUCCAAGAUUUCAUUUAGAUGCAAGCCAAAUCAGAUCCCCCAUAAAAAGACCACAUGCAUCACCCAGUUUUCACUCCAGUUGCAUCAAUGUUUCCCCAUCCAGCCAGCACAAACCUCUUCCCGUGGCCCCUGCAACAAGUCCUCACAGCAGCAAACCCAAGACCAGCCUGCAUGCUGAUCCGUUUAAAGCCCCAUCACCAUUCCUCCUUGUGGACCAACACAGUCCUACUAGACUCGUGAGCCAGCGUGGGGUCUCCCCAGCCAGUAUCCAGCUUGGCAGGUUUUUCUCUCCGCUCACUGGCAUGCACUUAGACCCAGCUGUGUUUUCUCCACCUGGCUUAAGCAGGGACAGACCUGUGGACUACUCCUCUUGUGAAGCUUACCCGAAACAGCCCAAAAGCUUCCCCGUUUUCCCAGCUGUGCGGAGGUCUCAUACGCCCAAUCACGACUCAGAUCGAACCCAGACAGCUGGACCCGAUGAGGUGAAGGUCCGAAAACUGCUUUCCCCUGUUGUUCCCACCGUAAACAGACAGAGUGGCUCUGUGCUGAUUUUAGGAGGCACAGGUCAUAAAGAUGGCCUGAAAAGAAGUAUUUCACAAGUAACGCCACCCAUCAAAAUAAAAGAAGAGGACAAGGAUCUAUCCGAAGUGGAUCUUGCAAAGAAACAAAAGAUGACAAAUCUCCAAGUAGGAAAUGCAUCUAGCUUUUCUCCCAUGCCAGUUAUUGACACUGUCUUCAGCUUAGCACCAUAUCUGCCGGCCCAUCGGGGGAUAUUUCCUGGCAGAACUCCACAGAGGACUGUCCACACCCCUGAGCAGCCUGAAGUCAGGCCCGUAUCAGACGUUAAGGAAAAGAGCCCAGAUCGAGGCGAGCAGGAUCCUGUCGAUGAGGCUUCUGAAGAAAUCCACCAGGACACUGUCAUCCAAAAAGUCAAAAACAUCAAAGUAGAAAAAGUGGAGCCACUUGACGUGGAUCAGUCAGAGUCUCCUGUGCCUCACACUGAGUACAGUGAAGUGAUUAUCAAAAAGGAGCUGAGUGACGAUGAUACCUCCGACGGUGAGCCCACGCUGCUGAAAAAGACACGUGACUCUGAUGAGCGAGACCUCAAACCUUCAUUAGCAGCUCAGAGUGAAACUUCAGACGAAACCAAGCCUGCUGUGUUGCAACUGGUGAACUCAUCCUGUCAGUUUGAUGCACACUCUCCGUAUGAACAAACAAGCCUUCAGCCUAAAUCUGUUAGUCCAGUUCAGCUGCCUCAGACCAAACUAAAUAUCAGUAACAUUCCACCUCAGUGUCUUAAACUUUCCAGGUUCAAAAUAGUUCUUCCUGAUGCUCCUCUGUCUAGUCCUUGCGUUCUGCCUUCGGAGAGGCCACCCGUGCAGCCGAUCGCCGAACCUCAGCCAAUAUUAGAUAUUCACAGGCCAGUUCGCAAGCACUUUUUGGAGUUGCAUCAUUCUCUCUGCAAGCUGCUAUCCAAAUCUGUGUCAGCGUCUUCAGAGCCGGAGCUGAAGCAGUGGUUGUCUCGGCUAGAAAUAACUGAACCCAAAUCUCCGUCGGCCAAAGUCCAGCAAGUGUCCUGCUUAUUAGGGGUGAAAGCCAGAGAGGUGUGGAUCAACGAGGAGAUGAAAUCGGCGCUUCACGAGGUCCUCCAGAGGCUGAACGAGUACACUGCCCAGGAGCGCUGUCCCUUCCCGCACGUCUACCGGACAGGAGCCGUGUUCCUCCCCAUGCUGGUGGUGAAGGAGCUGCUGUUUCCGAUGGUCCAGGGCAGCUUCAUCGACCAGGUCCUGCAGGAGCACAAAGUGGGGCUGCGGCCCACCACGCUGUCCGAGGAGAAGAUCCUCAUCCAGCUCCACAAACGAGCCUGCUCCUCCAAACUCAGGAGGCUGAUGUCCCUCAAACACCUGCCUGACAUCUACGCCGACGUGGUCAACAUUUUGUACUACACCUACGUCUGCAAACAUCUGGACCCAACUUCACCAGAUGUCCAAAAGCAAGUCCAGGAUCAGAUAUGGAGCCGGACCAUCGAAAGCAAGACGUAGGCUGCGAAGCCUCCGACAGCUGUAUGCCUGCUGUAUAUUCAGACUCCACUGCUUCUUCAGCGUCACCCGGUGAAACACAAACACAGAGAGACAUGAGGGACCAGGAAACACAACCGCAGUGGAAUAAGAAUAG